ACCCUGCUCUGAGGGACGGGCGCUGGGACACACACAGGGUCUCCUUGGGUUGCUGAGCACCCCCGGAGCCCCGUGUGCUGCAGCAGCAUGGCCCAGCGGGGCCGAGGCGCGGCCCGCAAGGCCUCCAAGAAGGCUGCAAAGGAGCCGGCGGCAGCGAGGGCUCCUGAUAUGGACUCUCUGGGCUUCCAGGCCAUGGACAGCAACGUGCCGGGGCUGUCCCACGUCAUCCUGCAGAAGCUCAACAUGAAGAGCUACGAGGACUACAAGUCUGCCAUGGACGGGAGGAAGAAAGGCAGUGACUUCGGCAUCCGGACUUACUUCGACAUGUUCCAGAAGAUGGAGGACACCUUCAAGUUCUGCGCCGAGUGCAAGAAGCUCCCUGAUGCCCUCCCCGAUCCCAAAAGUCUCCGGCGAUGCAAGAGAUGCCAAAACGUGUACUACUGCAGCACGGCAUGCCAGCGUGCCAACUGGCCUGUGCACAAAAAGUUCUGCAAGAAGCUGAAACUGGUGGCCCUGGACCGGCUGGUGGAGUGGCUCAUCUUCACAGGUGACAUUCCCUUCCCCACGGAAACCUGGACAAAACCUGCUGGGGAUGUGGCAGGCUGGGAGGACUGGUUCUCCAUGCAGGAGCAGCUGGAGGAGAAGCUGGACGCUGUCCUGGCUGGGCGCUACAUGAGCCUCCUCUGGGCCAACGCAGGCAAGCCACGACCAGAGGAGGGAGAGCUGCGUGAGUCUGUCCGGCGCCUCGUCACUGACUUCCACUCACGGCCACUCACCAUUGGCCUGGGGCUGCGUCUGUUUGGCAUCGAUCCCCUCGCCAAGCCUCUCACCAUUCACGUGGUGGGGGCAUCCCACGUCGAGACCCUCAACACCCGGGUGACAGACUAUGACGAGCUGGCACGGAUGUUCCCGAGCCAGCAGGGCAUGGAGGUGGUGAUGGUGGGGGUUGAUGUGGUAGAUGGGCCCAUCAUGAGGCCCCCCUUGGCCACGUCGGGACCCCCGGGAAGGAUCUACCUCAGCAGCUACAAGGGCCUGUACCACGACUUCUGGGAAGACCAAGUGGAGACCAAGCUGGCCGCCCGCCCUGACCUGGUGGUGGGCUUCCACCCAGGUUUCCAUGCCUGCCACGACCUCAUGGCAGGCUGGCUGCCCACGCUGCUGCUUCUGCGGGACUACUGCCUGCCCACUCUCUUCACUGUCUACAGCGAGCAGGAGCUGAAGUCCUCACUGCAGAUCCUGGUGGAGCUGGAGACGUGCGUCACAGGUUACGCUGCCAACCCCUUCGCCUCACUGCGGCCCGAGCAGGUCUAUUCCAGCCCCAACAAGGCACCUGUGUACUGCAGCUCUCACUAUAUCACCCUGCUGGGGCCAGCCAACUCCCUCAGGGAGCUGGAGGGUGACAGCGACCACGACUAGCAGGGAAGGGAGCCGUUUCCAUCUGUGCGGCUGGAGGCACUGGUGAGCUGACCCAGCUCAAUCCUCCCUGUCCUGCCUCACAAACCCCAAUCCCGCUGCUGCCUUUCCCAGCCCAGCUGAUGUGUCUGUCCACUGUGUGCCACGUGUAGGAACAGCGCAGGCACAGCUCUGUGCUGCAGGGCCCAAUAAACCACCACCAGGAGCCA